GUUUGAUGCUGUCGGCCCUUUUCUUUGCGAGCCUUCCGCUUGCCGGGCUGAGGUUGUGCUUCGGUUUGAUUGGCUCCACGCUAGUCGGAAGGAGGUUCUGAGUCGGACGCGCGGAAAGAAAUCAACAAAGAGACGAAGGCUGGCAAUGAGCAAACUCCAGUUGGCAACACGCAGCAAGCUAGGAAUACAAAGGAACACUGGGAAACAACAGAAAUCGCUGAAGAAAUGUGAAGGAAAUACCACACUAUACAAAGGAGUGCCCAGCCAACAGUCUUCAUUCCACACCUUCAGCAAUGUAGCUGAAAUCAAAGAGUUUCGGAAGAGGCUGCUCACUUGGUACAACAAAUGCAAACGAGAUCUUCCUUGGAGGAAAUUGGCUGCAAGUGAAGAUGAUGCUGACAGACGAGCAUAUGCUGUGUGGGUAUCGGAGAUAAUGCUCCAGCAGACCCAGGUGGUUUCAGUGAUCAACUACUACAAUCGCUGGAUGCAGAAAUGGCCAACCUUGCAGGACCUGGCUCAGGCUUCACUAGAGGAGGUGAAUGAGCUAUGGGCAGGGCUUGGCUACUAUUCCCGAGGGAAGCGACUCCAAGAAGGUGCACAUAAGUUGGUGUCACAGAUGGAAGGACAUAUGCCCAGGACAGCAGAAGAGCUGCAGAAGCAGUUGCCAGGAGUUGGAAAGUACACUGCAGGAGCUAUUGCAUCCAUAGCGUUUGGUCAGGUGACCGGUGUGGUGGAUGGGAAUGUAAUUCGGGUCUUGUGUCGUACACGAGCCAUUGGUGCUGACCCUGCCAAUGCAUCUGUGGCUGACAGACUCUGGGCUUUAGCACACACUCUGGUGGACCCAUCCUAUCCCGGUGACUUUAACCAAGCGAUGAUGGAAUUGGGGGCAACUGUGUGCACUCCCAAGGCCCCACGGUGCAUGGAGUGUCCCGUGAAGCAGCACUGCAGAGCACGCCACAAAGUGGAGAAAGAGCAGGCAGCCUCUGCCAAGAAACUGUUAGGGAAACCUGCUUCUAAGUGCCCCCAGGUGCUGGAUGUAGAAGAAUGUGCCGCUGCCACCACAGGGAGCUGCUCCCUCUGCCUGCCUCCUUCAGAGCCAUGGGAUCCCAGCCUUGGUGUGACCAACUUCCCCAGGAAAACUGCCAAGAAGCAGCCCAGGAUCGAAUGCACAGCCACAUGUGUGCUACAGAGAAAGUGCAGUGAUGGGAAACCAGAGUACCUUAUUGUGCAGAGACCUAGUACAGGUCUGUUGGCAGGGCUUUGGGAGUUUCCAAGCCUCCUCCUUGAGUCAGGGCAGGAGAAGCAGCAGAAAGCAGCGCUGGCAGAUCACCUCCAGGCCUGGGUUGGCACUAACGUGGCAACAAGACGCCUGCAGCAUGUUGGAGAGGUUCUCCAUAUCUUCUCCCACAUCCGCCAAACAUAUGUGAUCUACUCUUUGAAUCUGGAUAAAGAUGAAGGAAACUGGGACGUGGAGCUGGAGCCGCUGGCAUCCCGGUGGGUGACCAAAACAGAAUUCCACAACUCUGCCAUCUCCGCAGCCAUGAAGAAGGUCUUGAAAGCUUAUGAAAAGUGGAGCUCUACAAUCAGUACUGCCAAGACUGUCAAGAGGAAACGGGACUUCCUACACACCAGCCAGACCCUGCAUGAAGAAGGCAGUUUUUCCAAGAGGCAACUUUCUCUGGAUUCAUUUCUUGCAGCAAAUCCUGGGGACUGAUGGCAGUCUCUAUGCUCUGCCUGACCUCACUUUCAGAGAUGAGGGACUGAUCUCCAGCAAGGAUGUGGUCAUACUGGAAUGAAACACUGUGGCUGCAAUGAGGGCAUCGUGGGAAUGUUGUGACUUUAAACUGCCCCCCUCCACUCCAAUACAUAACACAGGCACAAUUCAAACAAGUGUGGCUUUAGUGGCUCCUAGGAGGUGGUCAGAGUUUAUCAGUAUGCCACACUGCAGUAAAAUGAACUUUUUAAAAAAGUAUAUGAGGCAGGCUGACUGAAACACUUUUAUUCUCCAGUGGAUGCUAAGCAGAAAGGCUCAGUGUCUCUUCUGCAUCCUUCUUAAAUGUUGCUUUCUUAGAGCUGGUUUAUUCUGAAGGACAAGUAACUAUGCAAUUGCCAUUUGCUCACAUCCAUAGUCAAGAAAGUGUUUUGCUGCUGUACUAGAUGCCACAAUUGCUGGAGUUCGCAGAUGAAACUGUUUUUCAGUACAUGCAGUGUCCUGUUUUAAUUGUGGGUUUGCUAAUAAAAUUUUAAUGAAUUUUUACUGUGGCAGUUAUUUAGAUAUACUUUCUUCUUCUUUAACUUAUUGCAUUAUUCACACUGUAGCAUUGAAAAUUGGCACACGCCCACACACACACAAACACACACACACACCCAACCUUAAAUAUUGUACUAGCAUGUUGAUCUCUGCACAGCCAUGUCACUGGCAAGGAACCAAGAAAGUCUCUUUAAAAGCAAGCAUUCAGAAAUCUGUUAAUACAAAGGUGGAAUAUUGUGGAGUUUUCCAUUCUUUUCUCACUAUUUCUAGUAUUUGCCGUUUCACAUGUGAAAAAAGCACAAUAAAUGACUACUCUAUAAUCUCCCCAUUGCUCCCCUGCA